AUGGCAACUUCUUUACGCUUUGUUCGAAACCUUUCUACGCGUGCUUUUAAACCUAAUAAUUUUAAAAAACUAUCAAUUGCUAAUACUAAUGCUAGUAAUGCUAGUAACAGUAACGGCAUUUUUAUAGCAAAUAAUAAUGGUAUGUUAUUUCCAAAUACUACAACCACUACUACUAAUUCAAUCUUUAUUCGUAACCAAUAUGCAAUUAUCGCACGUAAAAGUUCAACGACGACAAAUAAUGAGAGUAAUAAAGCUGGUGGCAGCGGUGGUAGCAGUGGUGGUAAUUCUGCAUUAUGGUUAGGUGCAGGCUUAGUAGCUGUAGGCGUAGGAUAUUUUGCAUAUAAUUCUGAGACUAUACUUGCCUCAUUACAAAAUCUCAAUCCUGCUACACCAUCACCAAAAACUGCAACAACACCAGAUUAUCAAAAAAUUUAUUAUGAAAUUGCCGAUAUACUUGAGGAUGAUAAUCAUGACGAUGGUAAUUUUGGUCCGCUAUUUAUACGUUUGGCAUGGCAUGCAGCUGGUACAUAUGACAAGGAAACUAACACUGGUGGUAGUAAUGGAGCAACCAUGAGAUUUAGCCCUGAAUCGCAUCAUGGCGCUAAUCUUGGUUUGCAACUUGCAAGAGAUAAAUUGGAAGAAGUUAAAAAAAAGAAUCCUGAAAUUUCUUAUUCUGAUUUAUGGAGUUUAGCUGCUGUUGUUGCAAUUCAAGAAAUGGGUGGUCCUAUAGUUCCAUGGAUACCUGGCCGACUUCCAGAUGCAACCAAAGAUACCGACCAUCUUCGUGAUAUUUUUUAUCGUAUGGGAUUUGAUGAUCGUGAAAUUGUAGCAUUAUCAGGAGCACAUGCAUUAGGUCGUUGCCAUCCUGACAGAAGUGGAUUUGAUGGGCCAUGGACUUUUUCACCUACAACAGUGACAAAUGGUUUUUACAAAGAACUUUUAGAAAAAAAAUGGGUUGAAAAAAAAUGGAAAGGUCCAAAACAAUAUAUUGAUAAAGAAACUGGUAACCUUAUGAUGCUUCCUACUGACAUAGCUUUGACCAAAGAUAAAAAAAUGAGGCCUUGGGUAGAGAAAUACGCAAAAGAUGAAGAGUUAUGGUUUAAAGAUUUUAGUGAAGUGUUUCAUAAAUUAGAAGAACUUGGAAUACCAAGAACUGGUCAAGAAACAAUUUAUCGAUUUAAACGAACUGGUGAAUAA